AUGCUCGGUAGUAUCCUCAAAUUCACAUUGUCUUUUAGUGUUUUAUUCUUAUUCAUUACUCUUCUUUGGCAAUCUUCAAUCGCCGAUGCUUUACCGGUUUUGGCAACUGAUUACAACAUGGAUAAAUCAAAUGAUGAUGCAGCACAUUUGAUGGCUGCUGAUAGUUUUACGGGUGCGCCUGCAAUAAAACACUCAUUUCACACAGGUGUCAAUCAACCUAUGUUGAUUGACCGCUUUCAUUCACUUUCGCCCAAGCGUUACUUUAAAAAAAAACCCCAUUCUAAUAAUAAAAAAUUCUCAUCAAAUCUUUUUCAAUCGACAGGCACACAUCACAAUCAAAAUGGUCGAGCUAAUAAACGAAUGAAGGCAGCAAUUGACAAUCGUCUUAAACGUUUUCGUAUGCUUGAUCAAGAUGAAUUCCAAGAAAUGCUCAAAUCAAUGAGUCAACAAACAACUGAUGAACAAUCGAAAGCAUCAAAUGGAAUGGACGCUAUUGGUGGUAUGCAACUUGCAAGUAUGUUUAAUCAAUUAUUCUAA